AGUGUCGCGUCAAAUGUCGACUGGAAAAAAUCACUAUUCAUACGAGCGCGGCAUGACCAGUUCAACACCUGCUUUAUCUCGGCGGCUAAAGUAUUUAAAAAAUCCAGAGCCGCGCAUGUUUCGUUGAGGCGCGAUUUUCAACGUAGAAGUGCGCACGUUUCACAUAUUAGGCAAUUGUUUUUCUCAUGACGAAUUUUCCGUGCUAACGUCCCACUCCGCGAUGUAAAAAUCAGUGGAAAGACAGAUCAUCGUGCUUCCUCCAGACAAUAGCCGUUGAAGCGCAAUAAAAGGAAACAGAUAUACGAUUCAAGGGAGUCACAUGCAAUCACACAAACAAACGUCGUCAACUGUUUUUUACGAAGUGCUCGAGCAACUAUACUUUCCGCUGACAGAUAGCGCGUAUCGAUAGUGAUUUUUUUCUCUCGCUCACGUCUAUAUAAGAUUUGCAAGACCGGUGACGAGCUCGCAGUGAAAGAUGUCGUAUUUACGGUGGUGCGUUGCCCUUUUGCUCUGCGUCGGUCUCGCAGCCGGCGAGAUAAAGAACAAGGGAUGGUGGAAGAACACAGUGUUCUAUCAAGUGUACCCGCGAAGUUUCAUGGACUCCAACGGUGACGGAAUCGGUGAUUUGAAAGGUAUAACUAGCAAACUAGAUCACUUCAAAGAUGCAGGAAUCGGAGCCAUAUGGCUUUCGCCGAUUUACGCGAGUCCUAUGGUAGAUUUCGGAUAUGACAUAUCCGAUUUCCGCAAAAUUGACGAAAACUAUGGAACCAUGGAGGAUUUAGAGACAUUGACGAAGAAGGCCAAAGAACUUGGAAUAAAAAUUAUUAUGGAUUUAGUGCCGAAUCACACCUCCGAUAAACAUCAGUGGUUCGUCGACAGUCUAAAAGGCAAUACUAAAUACGCUCAAUACUACAUUUGGAGAGAAGGAAAAGAGGGAAAUAAGCCACCAAACAACUGGAUAAGCGUUUUCAGUAAUUCAGCUUGGACCUAUGUCAAUCAUACAGGUUUAUGGUACUUCCAUCAGUUCGAGUACAGGCAACCGGAUCUUAACUAUGCCAAUAAGGAUGUUCGUAAAGAAAUGGAAGACAUCAUCACAUUCUGGCUGGACAAAGGGAUCGACGGUUUCAGGAUAGAUGCGGUUCCUCAUCUCUAUGAAGACGAUAACCUUACAGACGAGCCCAAAUCAAAUGCACCAGGAGCAAUUGAAGGAAAAGAUUACACGUAUUUGAAUCACAUUUACACAAAGGAUGAUCCACGUACCUACGAGUUAGUCAAAAGCUGGAGGGCAGUCGUCGACAAAUACGCGUACGAAAAGAAUCAGGAUGAGAAGGUCAUACUUACCGAGGCCUACACGUCCCUGAUCAAUACCAUCAAGUAUUACAACUACGGAUCUCACGUACCUUUCAACUUCAACUUUAUCAUGAAUGUCAAUGCCACUUCGAAACCCAGCGAAUUCAAGAAAGUCAUAGACGAUUGGAUUGUCAGUAUGCCCAAAGAUGGAGUUGCCAACUGGGUGAUGGGCAAUCACGACCGUAGCCGCAUAGCCACGCGUUAUCCCGGAAGAGCUGAUCAGAUGACGAUGUUGGCCAUGAUCCUACCGGGUAUCGCUGUCACUUACAACGGCGAGGAAAUCGCCAUGGAGGAUAAGACGGACAUUACCUGGGAGGAAACGCAAGAUCCGCAAGCUUGCAACGCUGGCAAAGAACACUUCAAGAAGCAAUCGCGUGAUCCCAACAGAACCCCGUUCCAGUGGGACGCAACUGCCAACGCAGGAUUCAGUACUGCUAAAAAAACUUGGAUACCGGUUAAUAAUAAUUACAAAACAUUGAAUCUGGCACAACAAAAGAAGGACGAGGUGUCGCAUUACAAGCUCUAUAAAAAAUUAACGGCCCUGAGAAAGAGCGAACCUUUGCAAGCUGGAUCACUUGAAACCGGAAUACUUAACGACAAAGUCUUGGCAGUUGUUCGUCGUGGGACAAAUGAAACCGUCACCCUUCUCAUAAACUUCGAAGACAGUGUUGAGAAGGCUGUGAAUAUUGGCGAUUUAAUGAAAAAAGGCACCAACCAUACAGUGUAUGCAUCUAGCAUUGGUUCUAAAGUGAAAUGGGGAGUACAACUUAAUGAUUCGGCUAUUACAUUGCAAGGAAAAGAAUCGUUGGUUAUAAUAUCUGUCAACACAGGAUUUUCGGCGGUACCUUUAAAAGCGAUACUCUCUGUGGCUCUGUACGCCCUUUAUAAAUUAUUCUAAUAGAAAUGGAUUUUUUACUUAGAUAGAGGGACCAGAUCCUUGUAUUUUAAUUUAUUAAGUCAUUGUAUAUUAUAUCAAUGAUAUUGUACAUUUUAUAAAAUAAAAUAACCAUUUAUAAUUUAAAUCAAUGAUUGUUUUUCAACGUAUUUCAUUCAAAAAUAACGAAUGUACCAUUCAUUGUAAAUUAUUAUCACAUCAUUGCAAAAUUAAACAUACCGAUACGAGGUCAAAAUUUUCGACUUUAUCAAGUCAACGAACAUUAUAAGUUGUGACGUCGCAGCCAAAAGCGAAUAAAACUUACCUGAAACAGAUAAAGAUAACAUGUAUGAUUAAUUUUCAAUUAAAUAAAGUAGAAAGUAAUAUUAAUUACUGUCAAA